AUGUCGUUAAUUAUUGACUCGGAGCUGCGCACGAAAAUCGAUACCGCGUGUCAAACGGCUAAGGAAUUCACCAAGUUGUACUACGAAACUGUGGAUAACAAGCGUCACCAAAUGGCCCGUUUGUAUAUGGACGAUGGGCUGCUGGUUUGGAACGGACACGGCGCUACCGGAAAGGACAAGAUUCAGGCAUACUUCCAACAACUGCCACGAUCGGAGCACACAAUGAACACCCUCAAUGCAGACCCGAUUGUGGAUGAGGCAGUGCCGUCACAGGUAACUCUCAUCAUCCAGGUGUCCGGCUACGUCAAGUUCCUAGCGAAUCCUGCUAGACCGUUCCAGCAAACGUUUAUGGUUACGGCACAGGGUGACAAAUGGAAGAUUGCCAACGAUUGCUAUGUAUUAAGAUAA